AAAGGAAGAAAAGUUAGAGCUGUCCAUUCUCUCUACUCUAGUACGAGUAGAUCAGUGGACAAGGAGCCAUGGCAGCCAAAGCAUCCGAAUCAUUUCCUUCACCGACAGCCUUCAACCCCACUCCUCUCUCCACUCUCUAGUGCAUGCUGCUACAUAUUGCAGUAGCAUGGAUUUUCUAGAGUUACAUGGCACUUGAAACAUUGUGAAAUUUCACCUCUAAAACAGAUACAGAGCAUAACAUACUUGGGAACCAGUAAAAAAUAUACCAUAAGUUAGUUAUUAAGGAGAAAAGAAAGAAUAAAUGUUAGAAUGUAACACAUCUAAAAUACAAAAAACAAGAAGCAAAGGCACUAGUAGUAUGGCCACAUGAGAUGAAGACUGAAUUCUUGAAGCAUCCACAAGCUGACAGUAGACCAGCCUUUGUCCCCUAGUCAGCCAACUGUUCCUCCAUCAGUGUCACUUUCUCAGCUAAUCCAACACACAGACCCUCUUUGCUAAUUUACACCUUGAAAGAUGCAAUUCUUCCUAUCUGCAGACAUGCAGUCAUGCAGCUGAGUGGCCUGUAGAAGAAAGGGAAAGCAGAGACAGCCAGACAGGGGGGCCUAUUGGCAAAUUUGGCAAAUGUGCAAUGUGCAAGAAGAAAAGUAGACGAAAGAAUUAAAGAAUGGAUUUUUGGAAGAAUGUCUGUCAUUGAAUUGAAUUAUUAGUAUCUUAAUGAUUUGUUUAAAAUAUUACUAGUAUCUUAAUGAUGGCAGGCCACACAUCCGUUAUUCUUUUGUUUCGUCCUCACUCAUCGCCGCUCCGCCAUUGCCCAGAGCUUUUCUUUUCUACACAAAGGGAAGGGAAAGAAGAAGCAGGAGGGUUUGGUAUCUGAGGCUGAGCAAUGGGGCUGGCCAGCGACAGCCCUGCGUCGUUCCCCUUCUCCGCCGCCAAGCUCGCCGCCUCGCCGCGCUUCUGCAACCCCAUCAGCAGGAGGAUAUUUUCUGAUGUUGCUGGAGAUUUAACAGUAUCGGUGGAUGGCCAAUCUUUUCUACUACAUAAGUUCCCUCUAGUCUCUAGGUGUGGAAGAAUACGAAGAAUGGUAGCUGAAUCCAAGGAUCCAGAUCUCUCAAAGUUGGAGCUAGUAAAUGUACCAGGGGGAGCUUUAGCAUUUGAACUUGCUGCCAAGUUCUGUUAUGGGAGUAAUUUUGAAAUUAAUACUGUCAAUGUGGCUCAUCUCCGGUGCAUUGCAGAGUAUUUGGAAAUGACAGAAGAGUACCAAGAGGAGAAUCUCAUUGUUCGGACGGAGACAUACUUGAAUGAGAUUGUAGUCAAGAACCUUGAUAAAUCCCUAGAAGUCCUAUGUGCUUGUGAUGGAUUGGAUCCAACAGUGGAAGACGUUGGACUUGUAGACAUGUGCGUCGAUGCAAUUGCGAUGAAUGCAAGCAAGGAGCAGCUGGUUUCAGGCUUGGCUCAUUUGGAAUGUGAUGUCGGAUCAGGAAAGUUGCGCAUGCAUUGUCAAGAUUGGUGGGUUGAGGAUCUUUCUGCACUAAGAAUUGACUAUUAUCAGCGUGUUAUCGUCGCAAUGAGAAGAACUGGGGUGAGGCCAGAGAGUAUUGGCACAUCCAUUGUGCACUAUGCUCAAACAGCUCUGAAGGGUAUCGAAAGGCGCCAUGUAUGGGACUCAGGUCCUCUUGUUGGAGACAACCAACGAGUGAUUGUGGAGACGCUCAUUGAUCUGUUGGCAACAGAAAAGAUCACAUCGGUUACCUUGUCAUUCUUGUUUGGCAUGCUGAGAAUGGCAAUAGAAGUUGAUGCAGGACUAGAUUAUAGGAUUGAAGUUGAGAAAAGGAUUGGACUUCAGCUUGAGAUGGCAUCACUUGAUGAUCUUCUGAUCCCUGCAACGCAGACGAGUGACUCGAUGUUUGAUGUCGACACUGUCCAUCGCAUAUUGGUGAACUUCUUGCAAAGGAUAGAGGAAGAUGAUUCAGGGAACUUAUCACCUUGCGGAUAUGAGUCUGAUGAUGGACUAAAGUCUCCGAGCCACAGCUCGGUUCUGAAGGUUGGAAGACUGAUGGAUGGUUACCUUGCAGAAAUAGCACCAGAUCCAUAUCUGAAACUGCAGAAGUUCAUGGCUCUCAUCGAACUCUUACCGGACUAUGCGAGAAUUGUUGAUGACGGACUCUACCGUGCCAUUGACAUAUACCUGAAGGCUCAUCCAUCUCUGACGGAGUCGGAGUGCAAGAAGAUGUGCAAGCUGAUCGACUGCCAGAAGCUGUCGCAGGACGCGUCGAGCCACGCGGCGCAGAACGACCGCCUCCCCAUCCAGACGGUGGUGCGCGUCCUCUACUUCGAGCAGCUCCGCCUCAAGUCCACGGUGUCGUCAACUACCCCCCACACCACCUCCCUCGGCGGCGACGGCUGCGGCGGGUCGCUGUCGCAGCGGAUGAUGAUGACCGGCGGCAGCGGGGUGGCGAGCUCGUGCGUGUCGCCGCAGCGGGACAACUACGCGUGUCUGCGGCGGGAGAACCGGGAGCUGAAGCUGGAGAUCGCGCGGAUGCGGGUGCGGCUGACGGAGCUGGAGCGGGAGCAGGGGGUGAUGAGGCAGGGGAUGCGGGAUGGCCGUGGCGGCGGGGAGCACGGCCGGGCGCUGCUGGCGUCGAUCUCGCGAGGGAUCGGGAGGAUCGCCAUGCUCGGGGUGGGGGCGCAGGGCGGAGCGGAGAGGAGGAGGAAGACGAAGACGAAGAAGAGCUCUCACUCGCAGUCUCAGUGGUCGUCGGAUGGUGGCGGGAAGACGAUGAUGAUGAGCAGCAGGCGGAGGCACAAGGCGUCAUCUGUCACCUACGCUGCUGCCUCCUGAAUCAUCAUCAAACUGCAUGCUUGCUCUUGUUACUGCAUGAAUGCAUUUUACAAGGAAAAGAUGGGCAGGGAAAAUGUAAAAUUCUACAGCUAGGUGAAGAGAUUAAAGUGUUAACACUCCUUUAUUAGAUAAGCUAAUCUAGUUCUAUUGUACAAGUAGUAACAUUUUCAUUUUGGGUGUGGCUUUUUCUUGGUCAUUGCGGCCUCCUGCGCUAAUGGAAGGAGGCAAAUUUUGCAAAAGAACACUACAAAUCCAAAUCAUGAAUAUUUUGCAGAGCA